AAUAAUAAUAAUAAUAAUAAUAAUAAUAAUAAUAAUAAUAAUAAUAAUAAUAAUAAUAAUAAUAAUAAUAAUAAUAAUAAUAAUAAUAAUAAUAAUAAUAAUAAUAAUAAUAAUAAUAAUAAUAAUAAUAAUAAUAAUAAUAAUAAUAAUAAUAAUAAUAAUAAUAAUAAUAAUAAUAAUAAUAAUAAUAAUAAUAAUAAUAAUAAUAAUAAUAAUAAUAAUAAUAAUAAUAAUAAUAAUAAUAAUAAUAAUAAUAAUAAUAAUAAUAAUAAUAAUAAUAAUAAUAAUAAUAAUAAUAAUAAUAAUAAUAAUAAUAAUAAUAAUAAUAAUAAUAAUAAUAAUAAUAAUAAUAAUAAUAAUAAUAAUAAUAAUAAUAAUAAUAAUAAUAAUAAUAAUAAUAAUAAUAAUAAUAAUAAUAAUAAUAAUAAUAAUAAUAAUAAUAAUAAUAAUAAUAAUAAUAAUAAUAAUAAUAAUAAUAAUAAUAAUAAUAAUAAUAAUAAUAAUAAUAAUAAUAAUAAUAAUAAUAAUAAUAAUAAUAAUAAUAAUAAUAAUAAUAAUAAUAAUAAUAAUAAUAAUAAUAAUAAUAAUAAUAAUAAUAAUAAUAAUAAUAAUAAUAAUAAUAAUAAUAGUAAUAAUAAUAAUAAUAAUAAUAAUAAUAAUAAUAAUAAUAAUAAUAAUAAUAAUAAUAAUAAUAAUAAUAAUAAUAAUAAUAAUAAUAAUAAUAAUAAUAAUAAUAAUAAUAAUAAUAGUAAUAAUAAUAAUAAUAAUAAUAAUAAUAAUAAUAAUAAUAAUAAUAAUAAUAAUAAUAAUAAUAAUAAUAAUAAUAAUAAUAAUAAUAAUAAUAAUAAUAAUAAUAAUAAUAAUAAUAAUAAUAAUAAUAAUAAUAAU